GGGGCGCCUCGGAGCAGGCGUUUAAAGAUGGCGGCAGCGGCGCGGAGUGAGGGGCGGUUUUGAUGAGACGGCCCACUUCGCCCUCCCCCGGGUUCGAGGAGGAGCGGCAGAGGCACCAGGAAUGGCUCAGGUUGACAGAAGAAAGGGAGACCUGCUUGUCCAAUGAAGAUGCAGUCUUAGUCUUCAGCUAUUUAAGCUGAAUGCAUUGUGAUUUCCAAUAAUUGAGACAGUGAUUCUGAAAGCUGUCUACAUUAAUGAAAAGAACAAUGUAGUCAGCUUAACUGAAUCAUCAGUGUUGCAUAUUGAAUAGAACAUGAUAAACCAAUCUUGACGGACUUACGCAUGUUAGGAAUAUAGAUAUAAGCAUUUAUUAAAGCAUUGUUUUUUUAAAACAGUAGUUUUAAAAAUGGAGAAAUAUGAAAAUGCACCACCCCUCCCUAAAGAACCUGCAAGAGAAAUGAAUGUGGAGAAUCAUACUUGUCCCCCACCUCUGCCGCCUAAUGAACAGCCUCCACCACCUCCCCUGCAAACGUCCAGUGACGCAGAGGUAAUGGACGUUGGCUCUGGUGGUGAUGGACAGUCAGAUACCCCUGCUGGGGACACGCACAGUACCUGCAGAACACAGCUUCUCACAAAGGGAUCUGCCUGCUACAAAAGUCGUCUUAUAAUAGACCCUAACAAUAGUGACCAAAGCCCAAGAACUGCUCGUCAUGCACCGUCAGUUCGAAAGUUCACCCCAGAUCUUAAGUUACUUAAAGAUGUAAAGAUUAGUGUUAGCUUUACAGAAAGCUGCAAAAGCAAAGAUAGGAAAGUUCUGUACACUGGAGUUGAGCAGGAUUAUAAGGCAGAUACAGAUUUUGGUGUUAAUAAUGUCAAUGGGGAUUUGUAUGUUUGUCCUUUUGGUGGUAGUAAUGGUAAAGUAGUAGGAACAGGGGGUGAAAAUGAUGACAAGAAGGAUGAUGAAAAUGAUGUUGAUCAGGAAAAGAGAGUGGAAUAUGCAGUUCUGGAUGAGCUAGAAGAUUUUACCGACAAUUUGAUGGAAAUAGAUGAAGAAGGAGGAGGGUUCACAUCUAAAGCAAUCGUUCAAAGAGAUAAAGUGGAUGAAGAAACCUUGAAUUACUCGUAUGAGGAUGACUUUGAUAAUGAUGUGGAUGCUCUGCUGGAAGAGGGUCUUCGAGCACCCAAAACAAGGAGACUAGAAAAUGAGAAAUAUGGUGGUGAAAGUGAUCAUCAGUCUGAUGGAGAAACAAGUGUGCAGCCAAUGAUGACCAAAAUAAAAACUGUACUUAAGAGUCGUGGCCGCCCUCCUACAGAACCUUUGCCAGAUGGAUGGAUCAUGACAUUCCAUAACUCAGGCAUUCCUGUAUAUCUGCACAGAGAAUCUAGAGUUGUUACCUGGUCUAGACCUUAUUUCUUGGGAACAGGAAGCAUAAGGAAACAUGAUCCUCCCCUUACUAGCAUUCCCUGCUUGCAUUACAAAAAAAUGAAGGAAAAUGAGGAAAGGGAACAAAACAAUGACAUAACUCCAAAUGGGGAAGUAUCACCUGUAAAGCACCUAGAUAAAUCUUCAGAACUGGACUGUCAAACAGAAGAACCAGAUUCUACUGCUGCUGAUUCUGGGCCUUUAGAUGACAAAGACCCCUCAGGGGGAGAUGCAGCACAAGGAGCCUUAGGACAAGUUAAGGCCAAAGUUGAAGUAUGUAAAGAUGAAUCUGUAGAUCUGGAAGAUUUUAGACAUUACCUGGAGAAGCGUUUUGACUUCGAACAAGUUACUGUAAAAAAAUUCAGAACCUGGGCUGAGAGACGGCAGUUCAACCGCGAAAUGAAGCGCAAGCAGGCAGAGUCUGAGCGGCCUAUCCUGCCUGCCAACCAGAAACUCAUUACCUUGUCUGUGCAAGAUGCACCUACAAAGAAAGAAUUUGUCAUUAAUCCCAAUGGGAAAUCUGAAGUUUGCAUACUGCAUGAAUAUAUGCAACGAGUCCUAAAGGUUCGCCCUGUUUACAAUUUCUUUGAAUGUGAGAACCCAAGUGAACCUUUUGGAGCCUCAGUGAUUAUUGAUGGAGUAACUUACGGGGCAGGAACUGCCAGCAGCAAAAAACUUGCCAAGAAUAAAGCUGCUCGAGCUACACUGGAAAUCCUUAUUCCUGACUUUGUUAAACAGACCUCUGAGGAGAAGCCCAAAGACAGUCAAGAACUUGAGUAUUUUAACCAUAUCAGUAUUGAGGACUCACGGGUAUAUGAACUCACCAGUAAAGCUGGACUCUUGUCUCCAUAUCAGAUUCUCCAUGAGUGCCUUAAAAGAAACCACGGAAUGGGUGAUACAACCAUAAAGUUUGAAGUGAUUCCUGGUAAAAAUCAGAAGAGUGAAUAUGUCAUGACUUGUGGCAAGCACACAGUGAGAGGCUGGUGCAAAAACAAAAGAGUGGGGAAACAAUUAGCUUCUCAGAAAAUCCUACAGCUACUGCAUCCACAUGUGAAAAAUUGGGGCUCUCUUUUGCGUAUGUAUGGUAGAGAGAAUAGCAAGAUGGUUAAACAGGAAACAUCUGACAAAAGUGUGAUAGAACUUCAGCAGUAUGCCAAAAAGAACAAGCCAAAUCUGCACAUCCUGAACAAGUUACAGGAGGAAAUGAAAAAACUGGCACAAGAAAGAGAGGAAACACGAAAGAAACCCAAGAUGACAAUAGUGGAAUCAGCUCAGCCUGGUAGCGAACCUCUCUGUACCGUUGAUGUGUAAUGAGAAAACUGGGAGCAAUAACACAACAGAGGAGAUAGAUUUUCAACAAUUAUUUACAAAUUGUUUGCUGCAGAAUGCAAGAUAACUUUUAAAAUCCAAGCUGCUUCAGUUAUGCAUUGUUCUUUUUGCAUCAUCAGGGCAAUACUACUUUUUCCUAUUUUCAUUUCCUUUUCUUUUUUUAAUACCUCUGAAAUACGUACGUUUAAAAGAUUGAUCAUGAAGAUCUCUAUUUGGGCAAAUGCACAGAGGACAGGGCAUGUUCACACAGGACAAAAACCAAUCAAGCACUUUUUCCUAGGAAGCCAUCCAUGUUGUUUGAAAUGGAUGUGUUUUAAGGAUGAAAUUCAGAAUAUCUGUGUACAGGUUGAAGCUGAUAUUAUAUAUAUAUACACAUUCAUAUAUAUGUAUAUAUAAAUGAAAUAUAUGUACAUCUUCUUGUAUGAACAUGCCUAAAACUAUUUUUGUGAAAAGUUUUGUUGCAUUUCAGCACAUAAUAAUAUGCACUGAUAAGACACUUUGGUUACAAAUACAUGGAAGUGAUGAGCAAUGUUCCUAAUGCCAUAGGAUUAGGCCAGUAAUGCUGUCUUUUUGGUUUGUUUUUUGUCUUCUGCCAGGCUUAGCUAUCCAAGAUCACAGUAUGCAGAUUUUUUUAUUACUUGAAAAGAACAAGUGUACCUGGUAGUGUUAAGAGCAACAGGCUGGAUAUCUAAAAUUACUGGGUUUUAUUUUAAUUGAAAAGAGCCUGAUAGUUUACAAAUCAGUUGAAAGGGGAAAACGUGGCCCUACCUAUUUGAUUAAAACUGUAAUUUGAAAAGCUAUUUUCAGAGCAUGGAGCCAAAAUGCAGCUGAUGGUGACUGAUAGUCUGAAAGUAUUUUGCCAAUGACAUGUUUAAAGACCUUCCGCUCUCUUCUCCCAGCAAUAAAACAAUUUCUCACUUGUUUGGAGUCAGGAUACAUCUGACUUGAUCAACUAAGUCUUAAUUUGCAUCAUAAAAGCAAAGAAUUUUUUACAACCACAACCCAACCCUAAGAAAUCUGAAAUAACUGCAGCAAUUUAGGUUUUUUAAGAAGUUUUUGUUUUUACUUUUUUUUAUUACAUUUUUGGUUUUUAAAGUGUAACUUCUGCAAUGAAAAUUAGAAUGUAGCUUUGGAAUAUGACAUAGAAUAAAGAGUAGAAUAAGACCAUAACAGGUUAUAUUGAAAUAAGGAAACCACAAAUAUGCAACUAUUAUACAAUCUUAGGAAACAGGCAGUACUUGCUCUGUCAUCUGAGGCUUUAUUGGAUUAAGCAGGAAGAAGUUAUUUUGGCUGUAGGGAAAGCACUGCUGUGUGAGUUUUGUUCUUAAUGGGGGAUUUUUUACUGAGCAACUGUAGAAAGUCUUCUCCUAGAACCAUUUCUGUAGGUUUUUUUCUUCUUCAAGAGACUGAAAGUCAAGCUGGUGGUAGAGCUUCAACGAUGUACCCAAGAGUUGUACUGCUGUAUUUUACACUCCUACUCCUGAGGAGUGAAAGGUCAGUUCUUUAACUGCUGCAGCUCCUGGUGCCUACCUGGACAGGGAUCUAGGGGCUCAAGGGAUUUUCUUUUUGUAUUGUUUUUAGGGUUUUUUUGAUGUGUUUUUUGUUGUUUUUUUAAUAUGUUACAUACAGAGUGCUGCAGUAUAAUGAAUUUAGUGCCUACUGGAUUGUAACAAUAUUGGCAUCAGUAUUUUAAGACCUCCUCUUAAUAUCACCCGUUACUAUGGGAAUAUGUGGGUUUUGAUUUACAUCUCAAACUGAUGUUCUCUAGUACGUUGCAUAUAGUGUUUGAGGUUAAACAGGAGGAGUCUUGGAGUCUUUCCUGUUUCUGUGUUUGAGUGAUAUGCCCAGAGGUCUCUGCAAAUAUGAAUUAACCCUUUUGUUGUUGUUGUUGUAUUUAGCUAUUCAGUUUCAUGAGGUGUAAUCCUGUUAUAACAGGAUACGGGUAGUUGGAAGACUAUACAGAAACUAUUAUUUAAAGAAGUGGCCUAUCUUAAGAAAAAAGAGAAACAGAAAAAACACUGCCUCUGCUUUUUUUUGUAUAGCUUUAAUAAAUCUCCAUCUGUUAAAGGGUAUAAAAUACUGGUGCAGUAGUGACAAGCAGUGAUUACUGUUUGUCUCUCUUUUUUGUUGGUUUUUUGAGUUUUCUUUUUUGUUUUGUUUUCAUAAAGACAGGGCUUUUAUCUUCUAUGCCUAAAUGUAUUACUCUUGUAGGUAGGUUUUACUUCAGCUUAUGUGUUUUCAGCAGAAAAAUCUGUACUUGGAUGGCACUGUAAAAGACAAAUCACCCUUGUAGGUCGUCUUAUUUUUCUGAAAUCAGAAUGUCAAUGCAUUUGCAGGUCACCUGCAGAAUAUCCAUAGAUGCCUCGCUUACAAAAUUGUUCUUGUUUUUAAGAGGAUUGCUGUAUUACCUCAGUCUGACACUACCAGAAUCACAAGGUGACCAUUGCCCUUAAUUAAAACACCCAGAGAUUUCAUUGUGAACCAAAGCCUAGAACGUAUAUUAUGCAUUCUAAACAAACACAAACAAACAAAAAAAAGAUGGUAUUAGACCUUGCUGCAGCCUUUAACUGGAGAGACGUCCAGAAAAUAGCGCAAUAACUGCUGGAACAAACAACUGCUGUUUAUGUCAUUGUGAAGUAUUCUUGUGUUUUAAUGUUUACUAUUGUUUGGAGUGUAACGGUCUUGCAUUUGCACAUAAGCACGAGCUGCUGUGAUAGAGGAUAGAUCAUUGCAUUAACUUCAGCUUCUGCAUGGACACUUACAGUGUGAUUCAAGAUGUAUCCUAAAUGUGUCUUGUAACUCGUGUGUGUUUUCUAGGUAAUCGGCUGUAAAGGUUUAGAUCUUGAUUAUACGAAUGCAUAAAACAA